AACAUUGUUCAGGCGGUUAGUUGAAUCGGUCGCCAUUUUGAUGUAGAGAACUGUUGUUUACUGUUCAUGUACAAAUAUAGAAUAAUUCCUUCGGGAAUGGAAAUUAUCGCUCAAAAAUAUUUGGAAAUAGAUUUAUGUAUACCUCAUAUUACUUAAUUUAUAAAAUAAUUCAUAGGUUUUUUGUUCAUAUAGGAAUUAAGUAACUAUCAAAAUGUUUUACGCACAUUUUGUGCUCGCUAAAAAGGGUCCGUUAGCCAGAAUUUGGUUAGCGGCCCAUUGGGAUAAAAAACUUACCAAAGCCCAUGUAUUCGAAACCAACAUUGAAAAAUCUGUGGAUGGAAUUUUACAGCCAAAAGUAAAAAUGGCUCUUAGAACAUCGGGGCAUCUUUUAUUAGGAGUAGUGCGAAUUUAUUCUAGGAAAGCUAAAUAUCUUUUGGCAGACUGUAAUGAGGCCUUUGUUAAAAUCAAACUCGCCUUUAGGCCUGGAAUGGUAGACUUACCUGAAGAACAUAGAGAAGCUGCCGUUAAUGCUAUCACUUUACCUGAAGUUUUCCACGAUUUUGAUACUACCAUGCCAGAGUUGAAUGAUGUUGACAUAGAAGCACAGUUUAGUCUCAAUCAAUCAAGAGCCGAAGAAAUAACAAUGCGUGAAGAUUAUGGGAGUAUAACAUUGGUUAAUCAUGAUGAUGGUUUCGGUGAUAUGGGUUUUGACACAGAUGGUCCGGAUCUAAUGAGACAUGCAUCAGGUUUAACUCCAUCAAUAGAUCAGAGUAAUCUACUAUUUAGUGAACCAGUGUUGGAUCAAGUGGGAUUAGAAAAAGAACCAGAACCAAUUCCAUCAACAUCUGGUACUCAACCAGAUACUCCCAUGGAAAUUGACACUGGUGUUAGAGAUGAUAGUUUUGGAGCUGGUGGUUUGUUUGAAGGCGGUUUGUUUGAUGAUGCACCCAUGGGAGAAGUUCCUGCCGUAGAUGCCACUAUACCUGAACCGACUUCUCAAGAAAUACCUGAACCUCCAAGUGAUGAUGAAUUGGAUAAUUUCGGUGGACCUCCAUCUGCGGGCGCUCCAAGUUCUAAUGGAUCUCGUCCACCAACGCCGUUACAACUUCCUCCAACUGCCCCUACGCCUACUCCUUCUAUUCAUCCUGAAACCCAAGUCGAAGAACCUCCCCACGAAGAAGAACCAGUUUCUGCACCUAACAAAAAAGUUGUAACAAAUGAAGAAGAAAGUUUUGCUCUGGCUCCAGUAGACGCGAGUCAGUUAAAAGAUGAAUUCUACCUAGGUCUAACAAAGACCAGGAAGAAAAGGAAGCUUAUCGUCGAUGAAGUAAAGAAUAUUUCUGGAGAAGAAAUGAAAAAUCAGCUUAGUGAUACUAGCGAUAUUGUGACAACAUUGGAUUUGGCCCCUCCAACUAAGAGACUUAUGCACUGGAAAGAAACUGGUGGUGUAGAAAAAUUAUUUGCUUUACCGGCGAGACUUAUUCCAGCCAGAAUAUUAUUUAAGAAUUAUCAACGGCAUUUGUCUCUUCGAGCCAUUGGAACAGAAGAUUUUAGUGUAUUGGGAGAUGCCGAUUCAUUAGCAUUAGACCAAGCUAGAGACCAAGAAGAAUCCCUUCCUGUUGAACCUGUUACUCCAGCAAGAAGGGGUAGAAAACGGAAAAUUGUUGAGGAACCUAGUCAAACACCCAUGCACGUACAAGAAGAAAUGCAACCCCAACCAUUACUUUCUGCCGAAGAUUCAAUGUCUGCUAUGCUGCCACAAACACCAUAUCCUUUAGCACCUACCCCAUUACCUCCUCAAAUGACAUACCCUACGGCGCAAACUCCCAUUCCUCCAUCUCCUUAUCCUAUGGCACCAACUCCCGUUCCUCCUCACACACCUUAUCCGACUUCAAAUACUCCAAUUCCUCCCCUAACUCCAUACCCUAUGGUACACACACCUGGUCCACCGUUGACACCUUUUUCUUCAGCGCCUACCCCUAUGCAGCCUCAAACGCCUUAUAUGUCUCAACCUAUGACACCAAUGAUGUCUGGUCAAGAUGUUGGACAAGAACUAAUACAACCACAGACAUCACAAGGUAUGUUACCUGCGAAUAUGUUGGCACCUUCAACGCCGGGUUUAUUGUAUUCCCAAACACCCGGAUAUCCAGAACCUCCCACACCUUUGCAACAUAUCGAAGAAAUGCCUCAGUUGGCUGCAGAUCAGGUCCAUUCAAUAUUACAAGAACAAGAAGCUUUGAAUGCUGUGCCUGAAAUAGCACCAGUAUCUACUAGUGAAGAUCUACUCAGAGAACAUAUGGCCACACCUUUAGCAUCCCAGGAUAUUAGUGGUAGUUUACCUUUGGAACCCUUAGAGAAUUUGCAAAGGGAUCUUCCUGCUAUGGAAAAUAUGGGUUAUGAUCAGAGUCAAAUGGCAAACAUGGGUUACGACGAACAUGCGGCAGCUGGAAGUAUGUCUGAAAGGGUACCAUCACCAUGGGCAGGAGAUUAUGAUUACGAUACUGGUCCUCCUGAAGAACAACAAGUUGAUGAAACGGAUGAACAGUUUGCGGAGAGAGUAUUGAAUAAACGAGCAUAUCAAAUGUUCCAAAUUGUUAAACACAAGUUUAAACAGGCGGACAGAAUGAAUUUCGAGGAAUUAAGUCACAGAAAUAAUAAAAAAAUGGCUGCGCAAAAGUUCUACAGUUUACUGGUCCUUAAAAAAGUCCACGUGUUGGAACUCGAACAGGAAGAGGCGUACGGCACAAUUACUAUUCUAAGGGGCCCGAAAUUCGACAACCCCGCAGUGUAAAAAGAAAAGAAUUCGCAUUUUUCUAAAUUAUCGAUGGGAAUUCCUCGUAAAUUAUUUAUUUAAUAUUGCAUACAUCUGCAAUGAAAGUACAAAAUAUAUAACAUUAAGUCUGCCGUUUGGCCCAAAAUUGUGGCGAAUAUUUAUUGGGUAUUUCAAUUUUUGUUAAAUAUAUUUCUAUCAUUAUUGAUCCUUAUAAUUUGAAUCGUAUAAUACAUAGGUGGGGAACCUUUGCACCAUUAGAGGCCACAUUUAAAUUAAGCAGUAAUAAGAGAGGCCUUAUAAGCUGAUUUGCCUAUGAAAGUGACUUUUGUGCAAUCAUUAUACUUUUGUAUUUAUCCAUUUAUUGCAUUAUAUAGAAUCAAUAAAAUAUAAUAUUACAAUAAUAUAAAAAAUAGCAAAAUUACAAUAUAAAAUAUUUUUUUAAUAUCUAAGUUGCUACUAACGCAUCCUCUAAAUGUACAUCUGUGAUUUGCAUUUUUGCACUUGUUUUAAUUUUUUUCAUGAGAGAAAAUGUCUUACAACAGUAAGUAUUUCCAAAGUAAACAUGUUUUCGUAGGUAUAUUCAACAGCAUUUUUCCAGAUUUCUAAGGGAUCUUUUUUAGCAUUAAAAAGGGAAGUCAAGUAACUCCAUUUUUAGUUCCGCAAGGAGCCUCGAAUAAAUCUACUUAAUAUGGUUGAAAUGCCAGUUUCAUGGCAGGAAUGUGCUCGCCAAAAUCAGAAAAUCUAUUUGUAUACUCUUCUAUUAAAGAAUCCAAGACACCUACAUAUUCAUCGAAUAUUUUAUUUUCACAGUUCUGCUAAUUUAACAUUUGAACAGUUUACUGCAGGUUGCUACAGAUCGCCAACUACGGACAAGCGCUGAGGGACCAGAGUUUCGUUAACGCGUAUUACCAUUUUGUACUGGGUGCUGUUUUAACUUUUGAAACAUACAUACAAUAAUUAACAUUAAAACUAUAUUUUAUGAAGGCCGCACAAAAUCUCACGGAGGCCGCAGGUUCCCCACCUCUGUUAUAUUAUAUCACUAAUAGUACAUAUUCUUUAGUGCUGAUUAGUGGUGAUUUCUUUUUUAAAUAUAUUUGCCAUUAUUAUUUUCCAAACUUUUGAAAAUAUGAUAUAGUACUUUCAAUUUAUCUACUUUAUACAUUUUUAGAAAUAUUCUUUAUAAUAUAUAAUAAAUAAAAAUUGUAUAUACACUUUAUUUUUUCAAAUAUAGGGAACAAGUGUCUACCAAAGUUCUGCAUGUUUUAUGUGAAACUAAUGCGUUACACAAAAUUUAUUAUAUAUAUAUAUGUACUUUUUAUUAAAAAAAUAAUUAUGUAACGUAUUAGUUAGAUUUUAUGCUCACAUAAGGUAGUUUUAAUUUUUUUUUUCAUUUUCUUUUUUAUUAAAAAAACAUGAGCUGUAUAUUUAAUAUUGUUAACCGAAAGUAUUCCAAAAGUGUGGUUUAUAAAGUAUACAUAGAGUGAGUCAUAAUUUUUAAUUGAUUGGUAACGCCUUUGGUAACUUGUACUUGAUAUGUCCUUUGACGUCUGCAAAGGUGUUUUAUUUGAUGUACUUCGGUAAUUGAUAAACAAUUCAUGAAAUGUGAACACAGAAUUGUCUUUUUUACAAUUUUGAUAAAUCUAUCAUCCAUUUUAUUGGCUCUUGGCCAGUAAGGUUAGUUUCGACCCGUUGUCAGACUUCAUCAUUGGAAACUCUUUAGGUUUCUAUUGGAUAUACUUGAAGGAUUCUAUGAUUCGUCCGUAGCUUUUUGUUUUAGGAAUCGAAUCUUAUAAAAAAACAAAGAAUUCAAAAUCAGAGUUAUUUCUGAUGAUUUCUGAGAAAAAUAAAACAAUUAUAGUGAUAGUAAAUUGAAGAAUUUGUAGUCUCAUAUUGACUAUUCAAUUUUUACUGAUUUUCAAUGUGAAUGGAUUUCUCAUAUGACUUGACAUGAUCUUCUGGUAUCCUUACGCCUUCUACGGCCUGUUUUGUUCCAUUGAGUAACAAUGCUAAUGCCUCAACGGGGAUUAGUUAGUGAUUUGCGUCAGUAAUUGGUUUUUCAAAUGAUUAGCUCCGUGUCUAGAAUGCCUAAGUUGUUUAAGUACACACUAAUUUUUCCUCAGAAUGUGUACUGGGCGUUCCAACUUUGAAUAUCUAUUACAGGGUAUUUUGAAAAUAGAAUUUUCAAUCAAUUCGUGUUUUUUUAUAAUAAAGUUACGUAAUGUUAUGUUGAGUCAUUGAUGUUUACAAACCGCACUUGUUGGAAAAAAGAGGUGAAAAAUAUAUGUAAAUGUUUAUUUUUGUACAUAAAUUUAAAACUGUCUAUUAGACCUUUCUUCUGUCGAUAUCUAGUAUUUUUUAAUUAAUAAAUCGUUCGCUCUUUUGACACAUUUGAUUGUCGAGAAGUAAUUCAAUUUUUCAAAUUUGUUACCUUUAAAAACUACUUAUCGUUUCAAUACCGGCAAGAAACGAAUAUAAAUUACCAAUCUUGAGUUAAUUGAUUUAAUCUACAAGAUUGUUAUUUAUAUUUAAAAAAAUAUUGAAAUUAAAUUCCGUUGAUUAUUUGGAAAAAGCCACGUAAAUUGGCCGUAUAUCAAGCUGAGCGGGCCAUUUUAGAAUGCGCCUUCCAGAACUGGCUCAUAAUUUGUUACUUGAUUAUUGAUUGUGUUGCUCCAGAGAUUACUACUUAGGGUAGCCAAGUGCAAGAGCUCGGUAAUGGAGGUAGCUGGCUACUCCCCGGUCAGUUAUCCCAUGUUGUUUUACUUUUUUAUUUUUAACUGUUUUUGCUUCCCGAUUAAUUCAAUGAGUUGCAUAAUCUCCAGAUCUUGUCGUAUUCGACAUUUGUUAACGUGAGGUGUGGUUUUUCUGUAAUGUCGUAUUUUAUCAAAACUAAUUUAAAAUCAAUAUUUUUUGUUACUAAAUUCAAUAAUUUUAAAUAUGUAGAUGUAUAAUUGUGCAUGUACAAAUUGAGGAACGGUUUUUUUUUGAUAACAACAAAAAUUUGAAUCACUUUGUAUAUAAUUGUGUCUGUUGUUUUAGAUCAAGACUAACAGAAAAAUAUAUGGAGUUCGAUUGACCAUAUAUAUUUUUUUGUUAAACUUUUUACCACUUGAUAAUUUUUGUACAUUUAUUCUUUUUUCUUUUUCUCUAAUUUAGAUUACAAAAAGAUUUAAUAUGGAGGUAAUAUUUAAAUAUUGUUACUACAUUAAUAAACUUUAUAGCUAUUCUAACUUGUCGAAAGUGUUUUUUUCGCAAGUCAAGUCUGUAUUUUGAAACAGAUGCUAGUUUGUCAUUUUUUUAAUUGAACUUGUUUGUAAAAAAUAAUAAAACAUCGCAGCAAUAA